GCGAAAUAGCACACAAUGAUGUUUGGCGCUAUUUCAGGAGGGCUUUAUCCAUGGAAAAAAUGACUUAUCUAUACAAGAAUGAGGAUCAAGAGAUGGUGCCAACUAUUCCCGGGAAGCAUGAAACUCUUCUUAUACGAGACGAUUUCUCAGCGGAACCAUUCUAACUGAUAUCUGCGAAUCGAACCCAACUCUUUGAAGCGUCGUCUUUGUUUGUUUACAAAUCGGAACCGGUUGGGAACGAUGGGUUAGCAGUGUUGGAUAGCGUUCCAAGGAUGUGUAUUAAGCUGAGCACGUAGGAAUUUGUAAAUUUGUUUUAGGAUUUUGGAUAAAUGUAAAUUUGUUUUGGCUGUGCUGGUUAUAUCGGACUUGUAGAGAAUUGUAUGAUUAUCUUGUGUAUUAGUUAGAAGUUGGUUUUGGAAUUUAGUUGAGUUAGUCACGUUGAAGAGCUUGUGACCCCUUUGCUUGAGUUUUGGAAGUGUGAUUUCAGUUUCUUGGGAAACGAACCCAGUGAUGACCCUGUUUACCCAGUCAACGGUAAGUCGGGUUGUUACAGUUGGUAUCAGAGCAAUCCUGCGACCGUGGCUGAUAGUGUUCAGUGCACCUAGCGGGGGAAAAGAUCCUAAAGUUACGGUCCAACGAGGACGUUGUAUUCUUAAGUGGGGGUUCAGACUACAUUAUGACCAAGUGUCUGUUGGUGAUGUGGUUCUCUUAAAGAAUCCAUUGGAGUCAGAUAAGCUUAUAGUACGGAGGUUGGCUGCUUUAGGAGGACAACAAAUGGUUUCCACAGACGAGAAAGAUGAGCCUUUUUUCACUGAUUAUGAUGAGUGUUGGGUUCUUUCAGACAACAACAAGCUGACGGCAAAGGAAGCCAAGGAUAGCCGUACAUUCGGUCCAGUUUCUCUCAUGGACAUAAUGGGUAGAGUUCUUUAUAGGUUCCGAUCCAUCCAUGAUCAUGGAGUUGUGAACAACAGUAACACAAAUGCAAAGGAGGACUCGGCUGUUGUUCGAUUCGAGCUCGAUCUCAAUGAGAUGCAAAAAAUAUCUGAAGCAUGAUUCCUGUGAAGAAUUCGGUUUAUUUUUUCUUUGCAAGUAACUGAAGUAUUGGAACAGUGGAUCUGGAUUGUAGUUUUUGACAUUUGUACAUGAUGCUAACUCAUAGAGUGGCACUAGUGUCAAAACCAGCAAAUGCUUAGAUAUAUCCAUUUACAAUGCUCUUGUUUUGGGCCAAUGAUAUAGUUUUUCGGUUUCUGAUUAUAACGUACUAAAAUAAAAUGUCUCAUUACAGCAUGUGUACGUUUUAUUUAUGUUAUCACUAAUGAAAGUGAGAUUGCGUACAAUUGACCCCUAAAUAAUUGAAUGUUAUUGCAAUCGGAAAGUGUAACUCGUCUUGUUUUGGUACUCCCUAUGUCCUAUUAUACUCUCAAUUUCUUUGGUGUGAAUGAGAACGUUGAUUCAUCAAUGAUCAAUCCAUGUAAAGCCAAACAAUUUACAUAAUGGGAAGUUCCACAACAUAAAAUCUGUCCAAUAGGGUAGAAUAGGAUAAAGUAGAGGCUUUGGUGUUCAUAGGUUAAGGUAGAAUAGGAUAGAGUAUGGACUUUAGAGCUCAUAGGUUAGGGUAGCGUAGAAUAGAGUUGAGGCUUUAGAGGCCAUAAGUUAGGGUAGAGUAGAGGCUUGAGAGCUCAUAUGUAGAGUAGGG